AUGCGGCCCUCGGAAGGAUGCAGAAGCAAGCAAGGGGGGCGGCCGAGCGAGCCCCCUUUGUCUUCCGCCGCGGGGAGAGCUGGGGGGCGCUCUGGGGACCCCAGCUCGGAGCUGCGAGUCUGCCUUUCGGUGCAGGGGAUCCUCCGGCCGACGCGCGGGCUUUGGGACGCCCCUCCAGGUCGCGAACGGCCGAAGUUGCUCUUAGAGAAGUUGGCGGGGCGGCCGGUCCUUAGCCGGAACCCGCCAGAUGCGCGAGGAGUGGCGAGCAGGUGGGAGAAAGCGGGCCAGGCGGGGCCGUCCCUGCCCGCCUCGUUCCGGUAUCCUAAGGGGGAGGCUCGAGAUCGAGAAGAAAAAAGGCUGGUGUCGUUUAAAGAUGUGGCUGUGUACUUCACCGAGGGCCAGGGGGCCCUUCUGGAUCCAACCCAGAGAGCUUUAUACAAAGAGGUCAUGGUGGAGAAUUACGAAAAUGUGGCCUCCUUAGGGUUUCCUGUUCCGAAGCCUAAUCUCAUCUCUCGUCUGGAACGGGGAGAAGAACCCUGGUUGCUGGAUUCUCAAGGUGUGGAUGAAAACAGCUCAGGGGGGUUGAGAAAAAAGAAUUCCUGUCGAAAGUGUGGAAAAUGCUUUGUUCAGAAAUCGGAUCUUGCUAUACAUCGACUACUUCACAAGGGGGAGAAGCCUUUUAAAUGCCUGGAAUGUGCAAAAUUCUUUGUUCACCACUCAGAACUUGUGAAACACCAGCGUGUCCAUACAGGAGAGAGACCCUUUAAAUGCUUUGAGUGCGGAAAGUGUUUUUCACGGCAGUCUGUCCUCGUGAACCAUCACCGGAUCCACACAGGAGAAAAACCUUAUCAGUGCCUGGAGUGUGUGAAAUGUUUUACUCAGAGAUCACAACUCAUCCGACACCGAAGGGUCCACACAGGAGAGAAACCGUAUAAGUGUCUGGAGUGUGGGAAAUGUUUUGCCCGUCACUCGGUUCUUAUCAAUCACCAGAGGGUCCACACCGGAGAAAAACCGUACAAAUGCUUACAGUGUGCCAGAUGUUUUGCACGUCAGUCGGUCCUCGUGAGCCAUCAAAGAGUCCACACUGGAGAGAAACCCUAUAAAUGUCAGGAGUGUGGCAAGCGGUUUGCUCAUCAGUCAAACCUUGUCAAUCAUCAGAGAAUUCACACCGGGGAGAAACCUUACAAAUGCUUGAAAUGUGGAAAAAGUUUUGCCCAACAAUCAGAUCUUGUGAAACACAGGAGAAUUCACACAGGGGAGAGACCUUACAAGUGCCCAGAAUGUGGGAAGUCUUUUGCUAUCCAUUCAGAUGUUGUGAAUCACCAGAGAGUCCAUACAGGGGAGAAGCCCCAUAAAUGCCUGGAAUGUGGGAAGUGUUUUGCUCAGCGUUCGGCUCUCGUGAGUCAUCAAAGAGUCCACACGGGAGAAAAGCCGUACAAGUGCCUGGAGUGUAAGAAAUGUUUUGCUCAGCUGUCCAAUCUUGUGAAACACCAGCGAAUCCAUACAGGAGAGAAACCCUAUAAAUGCUUAGAGUGUGGGAAAUGCUUUAGACGGCGUUCCCACCUUCAUGUACACCACCGGGUUCAUUCUAGGAGACCCUCUCCCAGUGCCAGCGUUGAAUCUGGAGUGUUGGCACGGAAAAAGGUUUCUUCCUGGUUCGAGACGCUGGAUUGGCCGAGGGGUGGCCGACGUGAUGGAAUUGUCAAAAGUAUGGAGGCGGCGGAGGCGCCAGGGCAGAGUUCAGUGACAUUUGAAGAUGUGGCUGUGUACUUCACAGAGGACCAGGGGGUUCUGCUGGAUCCAGAACAGAGAGCUUUGUACGAAGAUGUCAUGGUGGAGAAUUAUGGGAUCGUGACCUCUUUGGGUUUCCUCACCCUCAAGCCUGCCCUGAUCUCUCAGAUAGAACGUGGGGAAGAGCCGUGGCUGCCAGAAGCCCCUCAAGUGGCCGAUGCGGAGAUCUCCAACACCAGUGCAGAUGAUGCUGUGGAAAACAGCGUGUGUCCUCCACUGUGCAACAAAUACUGCAAUGAUGUGGACCAGAAAAUCCUUGUGGGAAAGGAGUCCUUCCCGUGUGGGACCUGCGAGAACAUUUUUGAUUGCUGGUCAGGCCCUGGAAUGCCACGGAGAACCCACAUGGCAGAGAGACCUUAUGAGUGCAUGGAGUGUGGGGAACAUGCUCAACAAUCUUCCAUCUUCAUCGACCACUGGAAGAUCCACACAGGAGAGGAGUCGUGUGAGUGCCUAGACUGUGGGGGGCAUUUCCCGUGGUCCUCUGCCCUUGUCAACCACUAUCAGGACCAGGUUGCAGAUGGGCAGCACACGUGUCUGGAAUGUGGGAAGUGUUUUGCUCAUGAGUCGGGCCUUUCGAGCCACCAGAAGGUCCACCUCCAAGAGAAGCAACACAAAUGCUUGCAGUGUGGGGAACAUUUUGCUGACCACCCGGCCUUUGUGAGGCACCAGAGAGCUCACACUGGAAAGAAACACUACAAGUGCCUCCAGUGUGGGAAGUGUUUUGCGGACAGGUCCCACGUGGUGGCUCACCAGAGGAUUCACAGGGGGAUGAACCCGUACAAAUGCUCAGAGUGUGGGGAGUGUUUUGACCAGCACUCGACCCUUGUGAGUCACUGGAUGGUCCACACUGGAGAGCAGCCGUACGAGUGCCUGGCGUGUGGCAAAUGUUUUCCUCGUCCCUCAUCUCUCGUGAAACACUGUCGUGUCCACACAGCCGAGAAACCCUACACGUGUUUGGAGUGUGGGAAAUUUUUUGCUCAGCGGUCAGGCCUGGUCAAACAUCAGCGCAUCCACACGGGAGAGAAGCCUUACGUGUGUUCGGAGUGUGGGAAAUGUUUUGCGGACAGCUCCUCCCUCGCCAGGCACAAAAGGGUCCACACGGGAGAGAAACCCUACACGUGUUCCGAGUGUGGGAAAUGCUUUUCAGACCGAUCAAAUGUCUUGGCCCACAAGAGAGUCCACACUGGAGAGAAGCCUUACAAAUGUCUGGAGUGCGGGAAAUGCUUUUCUCACCGGUCGCACAUUGUGAAACACCAGAAGUUUCACAUGAAAGAGAAAGUCUCAAAACACCAGCAGCCCCUGGGAAUAACCACACGAGCGUCACCACAUCCUAAAAUGGUCAAGCGUGAGCUACUCUGAACCUUUCGAAGGACAUUUAUGUUUCCUCAUCAGGGCUUUUCUGUCAAUGACUCAAGACCAGGGACCCAAAAUUACAGCUCUCUAAGACCUCUGGUGUAACUUCAACAUGGAUGACCCACCCAUUGUUUUGCCUUUUGGAGGAUUUGGGGAAAGUUUUUAAGGAGGGAAAUGGAUGUCUUAACCUUUGCAGAGGCUGUAUGCUCUUGACUGAGACCUCUGAUGUAAUACCAGGCAGGAAAUAAAAUCAGGGCUGGAUUUUCUGCAA